AUGAAGUUGUCAGUUAUAGCAUUGACUUUGAUGUCAUUGUUUCUUACAAUGAUCGAAGCCCAUAAUGUGUUAUUACCUCCAUAUGGAAAGCACUGCUUCUUUGAAAACUUGAAGAAGAAUGACGAAUUGGCAGUGAGUUUCCAAGUUGGAUCAAGAGAUCCCCACAACUCCGAACAAUAUGUCGUUGACUUUCAUAUCACAACCCCUAAUGGUCAAGUGGUUUUGAAGAGACAAGACUUGGAUCACGGGGACGAGCAAAUAAAGGCCCAAACCUCCGGUAAGUACCAAUACUGUUUCUCUAACGAAAAAACUAGUCGUGUCGACUUGGAUGUGUCCUUCAAUAUUCACGGGGUUGUCUAUGUUGACGUUAACGAUCCUAAAGCCGACUCAUUGGACUACGCGAUUCAAAGAAUGAGCCAAUUGACCAACGAUGUUAAGGCCGAGCAAACUUAUCUUGUCAUCAGAGAAAGAACCCACAGAAAUACGGCUGAAUCUACCAAUUCUAGGGUAAAAUGGUGGUCGGUAUUCCAGAUCUUGGUGGUUGCGGCCAAUUCGGUAUUCCAAAUUUACUACUUGAAGCGUUUUUUCGAGGUCAAAUCAGUAGUUUAA